AUGGCUACCCUGCUGCCUAUGCCGCCGCUCAGCAUGGCGCUCAUCCCCAGUACCCGGCCUACGGCUAUGGAGGCGCCGCAGCUCAGGUCAGCCUGGGGAGGCUCGGUCCCAUGUUCGAUGCACGUUCUAACGUCGCGAGGUGAUCUGCGCUCUCACAGGUCCCGACAGGAACCACAUCACCCUACCUCAACUACGCGCAACCGCAAGCGGCGUAUGCGGCCUACCCAGGCGGGAUGGUCCCUCCCCCUCCUCCCCCACCCGGCUACCCGAGCCCACAGAACUACUACCCCCAACCGGGCCAGCAACAAGCCCAAGGUGCUCAACCGCCGUACGGUGCGCCAGCAUACGGCUACCCCGCUCCGAACGGUUCGGCGCCUUACCCGGGGGCGCAGGGAGCAUACCCUCCUCCCCCUCCUGGCAAUGGGUACCCGAUCCCUCCGCCUCAGCACGGUUUACCCUCACCACAGGGAGCACCGCCUUACAAGCGUACUCGAUACGAAGGUGGACCAGCACCUCCGCUACCCCCCGGUCCUGCGCCUCCACCACCUGCGUUACCGCCCGUCGGAGGAUCGAGCUCCAGAGGUGGACCACCCCCGCCUCGAGGCCAAUAUGACCGAGGACCCCCACCACUCUCUGCGCAUCGUGGCCCACCCCCACCUUCUCGCUACGACGAUCGAUUCGACGGACCUCCCCCUCCAGGUCCUUACCGAGACGAUCCCCGAGAUCGAUUGCCUCCUCCUCCCCCAGGUCACUACGAUCGAGGCGAUCGUUACGGCCCCGCACCGCCUUCACGUUACGACGACCGAAGACCUCCCCCACCUUCUCUUCGAAGGGAUGAACGCUUGCCUCCUCCUCCUGGACCUGCGUACAGAGAUCAAGGCUCGCCUGGACCCCGUGGGGGUGCGCCCCGAGGUCCGGCUUUUGCACCUCGUGAUGGGCCUUCAAGACCCCCUCGAGGCGGCGUCGGUCGCUCCGGUGGUGGUGCAGGCGGAGGAGGCGGAGGACGGCCCGUCUCCGCCCUUCCCGGUGCAGGUCGUGCAGGAUUCGUGUCGAGUCCCGCAAAACGAGGUGAUCGUUUCGCCGCCGUCGAUGCCCCUCGAGGACCCCGUAACGCGCGCGUCAAUGCGAUCCCUCCGCAUGGUCAGAAGAAGGAGAGGAAAUGGGGCGCAAGGACGAUGGGGAGUGGGGGUGGUCCGGGAGGUUCGGGGAAGGAGAAGGGUGGUGAUGGGAGGACCUUGACGGAUUUCAGGAUCGCGGGGUUGGAGAUCACGGAGUUGAAAUGGACCUGGGCGGCCAAGGCUCAGGCGGUCGUUAAGGCGGUCGUUGAGGCCGAUGCCGCUAAUUCGACGGAGAAGGAGAAUGGGGAUGGCGUGAAAGGGACGGCCAAGGAUGAUGCGACUGCCCCGACGAAGAAGAAGACGAAAAGUCAACGCAAGGCCGAGCGUCGACGAGCGGCCAAAGCAGCCGCUGCCGUCGUCGAAGAACCCACCUCCAACGCCGGCCUUAACCCCGAAGACGAAUCAACUCAAGAAGAUGGCGAUGAUGAGCUCGACGGUGAACCUGUGUCGACGUCGUUGUCGCCUUCGCAAAAGAAUACCAAGAAGUCGAAGCAUCUGCGAGAUGAGGAUGAGGAUAGCGAGUCGAGAGGUGAGGGGGAUGUCGAUGCGACGAUGCCGAAGAAAGUCAAGGCGGAUACGGGGGAGGUCGUCAAGCUUGAGAGUGUGGAGCCCAAGUCCGAGGUCGAAGCUGAGGCUGAGGCGGCGGAAUCGACUUUGGCUGCUCAAGAGGACGUGGAUGGCGAGCCCGUUGAAGUCAAAGAAGAGGAGGAGAACAAGUCUGCCGGCGCAGAUGCGACGGAACUUGAGGAACCCGUCGCUGCUCCUACCCCUGUUGCGUCAUCGAACCCGCCGCCUUUCAAGCUUUCAGCUGCCAACUCUGCUCCACCCGCGAAUGCCCCGACCGGACCAGCAGCCGAACGACCGCCUUCAGAUCGCGAGAACAGUCGUCUCAGAAUCUACUUCUCUUCCCCCGUCGACUCUGUCUCGACCUACAUCAACACCGGGGGCGGGUCUGUUCGAGGAGCGACGGUGGAGCUUCAAGCGCCGACUAGAGAUACCUCUAUGGCGCCUCCGACGAUCGAAGAGGAGAUAGCUCCCGCCAAUGUCGAGGCAGUAGUUGAAGAGGCGGUGAAGCCGGAAGGUGUUAGUGGCGGAGCUGAAACGACGGCUGAGGCUGCGGCGAACCAUGAGGCAGAGGUCGAUGGCGAUGAUGUCGAUUCCAUACCACUUGAGGGAGGACCUCUCGAAAACACCGCCGAGACGACAGAACCGGCCGCUGAAGUCCAGGCCUCGGUCGAACCGGACGUGACGGCGGCGGCGGCGUCUCAAGAUGAAGCUGUCGAGGUCAACGCCGACGCCGACGCUUCGUUCGCCGGAGACGUCUCCAUGUCGUCCGUCUACCCUCCCGACCCUUAUGCUCAAGGACAGCCUUCCAUCACCGGUUCCACGCACGGUGACGAAACCGAGGACAAGCCACGCGAAUCCUCCGUCGUCCCUGGGACCAACCUACUACCCCACUUGACGCCGCCCGAGCCUAGUGCGGAUCGAAUCUCGAUCUCGUACGCUCGUAAUACGCGUCGUAUGGUUCUUGAUGCCGAGGUCGUUGAAUCGGUCAAAAUCUUCCGAGCAGAGGGGAGGAUUGAGCUAGGUGUUUUAUUGCGGCCGGCGUAUAUGGGCGAUGGUGAGGAUGCUGUACCGGAUGAAUUCAGGGUUUGCCAAGGUAUUCUAGUGAGUGGUCUCGCCCUACACGUGACACGUGUUCCCCAGGGCUGGAGCAUGGACUCAUCGCAUCUUUAUUGAUUAGAUCGAGGCAUUGGAUCGCGAACACGACGACUACCUCGUCAUCGACCGUCUGUCUCUCGAGGUGGCGUGGCGUACGCGUGCAGCAAACGACGAAACCAAGGAUACGGCUGAAGAGGCGAAGGAAGGAGAGACCGAGGACCCGGAGUUGGAUCCUUUGUUGCCUCCUCUGCACCACCUUUUGGCCUCGUCGUUGUCUGAUGAGACAGGUGCCACGGCUCUGAGCGUCGCGCCCGGCUUUACUCGCGACCGAAUCACCGUGAUUGCGCGCUUUGACCGAUCGAACCCUUUGACCGAAGCGCGCUGGGUCAAAACCGGUGAGAUUGAUCAAUGGAUCACGGGUCUGGCGCUGGAGAAGAAGGACGAGAAGCUCUCAGCAUGGAAGGGCAAGAUCGUCGUGCAUGACCCUGAACCGCCGCCGACGAUCCAGGAUGCGCUCGAUGCUUGGACCUCGAGCUCGAGCAUCGGCUCAUUGGCCGAUCGGAAGGCGUUCGUGUCCGGUCACAUGUCCGACAUUGACAACGUGCUUGAGAUCCUGCUUCGUCUGGCUCGAGGCGAUACGCGAUCGCAUUACAACACCAACUACAGCUCGUCGUCGGGUCCUUCGGUUCCCGUCCUCGCGGCUUCGCUUUCGGCUCCUUAUCCCGAUUCUCAAACGCAGGUCUCAUUGGCCGUCUUGGCCAUGUUCAGGCUCAGUGUGCAGACCGCGGAGAAGGCGGGCUUGGACACGCAGGAAGUUCAUCGCCAAGUGAGCGAGAUCGUCAAAGGUGUGCCCCACCAUAUGCAGUUCAAGGCGCUCGAUGGCAUGUUUGUCGAGUAUCGCAAAAAGAACAAGGCUAUGACGCCGACGAUUCUGGCUCCUGCUAAAGCCAAAGAGGCGGAAGUGUCCGCGCAGCCUGCGCCUGCACCUCCUGCCACGGAUGUGCCUGCGAAGGAGACACCUGCAGUCGAGAAGGAGGCGCCUGUUGUUGCAAAGGAAUGA